AUGACUGCAGCUGAAAGCAAUGAUACACUGCAUCAGCUGAGGAGGAUGAGGGGAUAUGCCAGUCAAGGUUCAGGGCAGCAGGCAACAGGGGAGCAUGAAGAACUUCAUCACGAUGAAUUGCAACAGAGGGUUCUGAAGAGGACCAGCUGUAAGAAAGCUGUCUUGUUCCUCUCUGAAAUACUCUGGCCAUGCAUGCUCUUCCUGAUUUUGGCUGCAAUCCGCUUCCAAGAGCCCCCGAAACACAAGGAAAACUGUUAUUUAGAAGCUCGGGAUUUGCCAAGUGGGGGCCUUUAUCCUUUCGUGCGGUCUCUUUUCUGUAAUGUUGGCUCAAGAUGCAGGAAUACCAGUUACUCAACACAGAAAUACAACCGCUUACGUACUUCAGGUGUUGAAAGUGGUUCAGAAAGUUUUGCAGGACCUGACUUAGCAUUUAUGAAAGAGAUACAAGAACUUGCAAAGGGAUUUACUGAAACCACAGAGAAAACCAUGGCUUUAGAAAAACUGUGGGAAGAAAGCUCUAAGUUCUCAGGCUUAAAGUUCAUUGCCAGGGUAAAGAGCUCUUUGUGUAUGAGAUAUCAUAGGCAACCCUUCUCUUUAGAGGAGUAUAAUGUGUCUCCUUGCACGUCUAAGCAGAAAGAUUACUCAGAUUUUCUCCCAAUUCCAUUUACCACAAGAGCAGACAAAGUCAUGUGCAAGAUGGAUUUGAAUGAAGCAGAAGAAAUAAUUUCUAAAAUAGAAAACCUGUACAAACAGCCAUCUUUCUGGAACCUUUUGCAUUCUCUCCCUCGCCUUGAAUCAAAGAACUUAUAUUCAGAGGAUGGAUUAGCUGCCAUAGCACAGUUUCUGGAAGUUAUUAAAAAUAUCUUAGUAUCAUUGAAAGACUUAGCUGUGAUGCCACUGGGACAGACUUUCCAUGAAGUGGUGAAAAUCGCUCUAAAUUUAACUGCUGCAUCUGUACAGGAGAGGAGCUUGGAGGGUUUUCAGUAUAAUCUUUCUCUAGAGGAUGUUUUGUGGAAUCCACAUGUUGUCAGAGAAGAACUUGAAUUCAGGUUUGGUUUUGAUGAUCUUCAUGUUCAGAAACUUCUAAGUUAUACAACACAAUUAACAAAGAUUCCCACAGAAGAAACAGUGGAGCAGUUUGUGUGCUCUGCUCUGUCCAGUGUACCAGGAUAUGAAGCAAACAAAGAGAAUAAUGAAGAAAGCUGUAUUUCCACAUCUCAAGAGGCUAAACUGUAUCUCAUCCAUGCUGUCAGCAAGCUCAGACUCUAUGCACAGGUAUCUGAGCAAUGGUUCAGUAGCAGCCACUCUCAGAAUCUUCUUUCAGAACUUGAAAGAAUCACGGCUGAUUUAAUGUCUCAGCUGCUAGAAGACAAAGAGGCCAGGAAAAUUGUCUCGGAAAUAAGUACCCUGAUCCAGCAAUGGAAUAAGAAAUCACAAGCAUAUUUUUCAGAAGAACAUACUGCACCUCAUGAUCUAAUCCUAUAUCUGAAGAAGAUGCAGGCUGUGCUGCAAGCUCUGCCUCAGUGGUCUGCUGUGAAAAGAUUACGUCUGGUAGAUAGAGCUCUGAGGAACGUAGUAUUACAGUAUUUAAACUUCACUGACGAAGCUUUACAUAGCCUGGAGAAAAUGAUUCCCUUUACCCAAAGAAAUGAAUCUGUUCAUCUGGACAUCAAAAAGCUUUUUGUGGAGCUAAAACAGAUGUUGAUGAGCAACUCUUCCUACGUCUGUGCUGAUGUGCUUACAAUGUUUGGGAAGGCCCUCAGACAUCCACAGAUUUCUGAUACCGCUGAUAAUUUAGCCAUAUAUAUGUGCACUGGCAAUGACUCGGAGGUGGCUUUCAAGCAAAGUAACCAGCUCCAGUCACUAAGGAAAGCUGUCCUGCUCCUGCAGAAAGUAACUCAGGGACAACAGAACGUGCCAGAUUCAAUAGUGGAUGAUUUUUUGGGAUGGCAAGAAAUAGAAGAAGAGUUGGCUGAAAAUUAUGCUUAUUACUGUGAAACUGAUCCAUUGCUGAGUGCAGAGGAGGAUGUCCAUUUCAGCUCUUGUGAGGAACAGCUUCUCUUCUCAUUAAUUAAUAUUACCCUUGAAGAAUUUUUUUUUACUUUUGAAAAAAACCCAUACUGGAAGUAUUUAACAACUUUUGUCCAAUGGACAUGCGAAGUAGCUCAGCUCACAGAUGAGGAAGCAGGCACCACAGGAGAUCAGUUAGGUGGAUCUGAAGCAUCUCUAUGUUCUAGUCAGAAACUUGGUUUGGAGACUAUCUUAAGUCAUUAUUUAUUAGCAUUUCUGCAUGAUUUAUCAGAUUAUUCCUCAUUUAUUUCCUGGGCACGGAAUUUGACAUCUAUAAAAGAGUUUUUGAAGUCAGAAGAAAAUAUAUGGAUUUCAAGUGAAAAAGAAAUGGAUGACAUUUUACAUCUUGCAGAAAUUGUAGAAGAAAUUGUAGUGUUUAACUUCUCAGUUCUUUCAGGCAUCCGACCUCUAAUGGAAACUACCUUGAGUGAAGUGAUUACGUGGAUGAAAGGGGAGGAAUCCACAAGAAAUGUUUCACUUGCAGUUUCUGAGCUCUAUAAUGAAAUACAAAAAAAUUUUCAGGCUCAUCUGAGAUUUUGGAUGAAGGAGAAGACGGAUUUUUUCUGGGAAAUGUUGAAAAUUGUGUCUCAUGAACUUGAUUCCAGGGUUUCUCACAUAGGUCAAGUGGAAGUUGAGGAGACACUGGAGUCUUUAUCUAGUUUUAUAUCUCCUGUUACAGAAAAUAAAAACAGUCUUAAUAGAAGCAUUCAAUUGCUCAAAAAUAUCCUAGCAGAUUGGCAAGAUUUAAAUAGUCCUACUCUGAACCAUCUAAAAUACUUAAGAGAAAACUUUCUAAGGGAUCUCUAUGAGAUUGUAUCGUUGGCUGACAGUCAUGUCAAUGCAUCUUUCAGCAUAGGUCAUGGAGUGAGUAAUACCUCCUUUUCAUUACUGUCAAAUGCAAUGUUUAUAUAUAAAGUACAAGAGUUAGGCAAAAUUGUUCCCAAUUUCUUUAAAGACAUUCAAAAAUCAAACAGUAGUAGUGCGGACUCACUUCUUCAGAUACUUUUCUCUUUGUAUCAGAACACUGAUCUGCUCUUAAACGCUGAGAGCAAUAACACUUUGAUGUUUCUUUAUAACACCUCAAAAGAAAUUUCAUCCUUUCAAACAUGGAAUGAUUUCCGAGAUACGGACCGAAUUUCUGAUUUUCUAUCUGAAACUUUUGAUCUUCUCUGGAACUUUACCAAUAAGUCACUCUGUGAAAAAUUACUGGCCUUUUACAAUUACACAGAAUUUCAGGCCUGGUCUUUUAUACAGGAAGGCAAAAAAGAGUUGCAAGUUGUCUAUAAUAUUCUGAGCAGCCUUAAAACCUUAUUUUUAGAUGAAGACCUUGAAGCAGCUGCCUUUUGUUAUUUGGAACAGUUUUUUGACAUCUCCCCAGAAUGCAUUGUAAGAAAUGGGUGCGUUUACUUUUAUCCAUCAAACAUCACUUCUGUACAUGAUUCAGCAGAGGUUUACAAUCUCCUGUUUCCAUUGGACAGUGUCUUGUAUAAUAUAACAAAACUGGAAGAUAAGGUAAGUUUAUCUUCUGCUUUGCAUUGUACUUUUACAUGGCUUCAAAUAUGGACAGAGAUUUUUGAAGAAACAUCCAGAAUCUUAAAAUUGAAUUCAACCUUUUUUGUCUAUCUAAGAAAUGAUUUGAGAAACCUCUCUGAAAGCAUUUUAAAUACAACUCAUAAUGAACUGUGCAAUAAAACAACUAUGGCUAUUGUUGAAUCUAUAUCAGCAAUUAAUCUGUUGAAAAUGAUAGUUGAAGGUGGUGAUUCAAGUGACUGGAAAGAUUUUGAAACUUACCUUUCUGUAUUUGAAAAUGUUUUUGAAAAUGCAAUUGAUGAUGCAAGUUCGCUUAAAGGUAACAGUUCAGAUGAUGUUUUAGAAAUGAUUGAAGUUGUGAUAACUGAAUUGCAGCAAUCCAUACUAAAGGUUGUUAAUAGAGACUUUUUGAAUUCUUGGCUUAAUACAUUCAUCUCAGGAGGAUCUGAGGGAGAAAGGAGCUCCAGUGAGUUUUCCAUUGGGAAUUCACUUUCUACUAUUCUCAAACUCUCCCAAAAAGAACUUGGAUUUGUUCUUGCUGAGAUAAAGGACACUGCUGCUUUCUUAACAUAUGCACCUCUAGAUAAAUAUUUGGUUUGUGCUAGUGUUUUACAGAAUAUUACAAAAUUCAUUUCUGACAGUACUCUGAAAAACAUAAACUACUCACAAUUGAAUUUUUCAUCCUAUAUUCAUUCCCUGCUCAAAUCUUACAGUGUAAUAGAAGGAGUAGAGAAUUGUAAUGGGUGGAUCCAUGGACUUCAUUAUCUCAGUGAAAAAUACAAGUCACCUUCUCACCUUGAAAAUGCAAAACAUACUUUAUUUCUACUGAAAUCUCUGGGAAACACUGAGACAAAUGCUAAGCUAAAAAACAUUGUGGACUUCCUUAAUUCAAUUUUCAAUUUUAUGAUCCCUGAGUGCUCUGUAACUGGUUAUGAUGUGAUUUGUGUAAACAUAUAUUUCAAUAUUAUAGGAAGAGCUUUGGAAGUUGUUCUCCCUGAAUUUAAUGUACAAAAUGACACUGAUGUGCUUGAAUAUAUUUUUACAUUCUUAAAUAAUUCUGGAGGACUAAUACAAGAGGCUGUGAAUAAUUUAGUGGGUCACUCACAAAAUACAUCAGAUGAUACUGGUUUCAAUCACUCAGUCCAUGGAUCUAACAGCACUUUAGGGACCUUCCUUAAUCCCUUCCACAGUGUUUGGCUUUCCUCAAUAGAACUUUUGUCAGAAAUUCAGCAUCUUCUUGAAAACAAAACUUCUGAAAUGCAAGAAAGCAGCUCCUCUUUCUUUGAUGAGAAAAGUAUCAGUUUGUUGAUGGAGAUAUUUCAAAUUGUGCUUAGUAAACUCAAUAAAUUCAAUUCAAGCUUGCCUCAUGAAUUGCAGGGUGAAUACAAUACACUUCUUGAGAGACUGACAGAAAAAGCAGCUCUGAAUGGUAAACUGGUAGGUCUCAAAAUUUUCAAGUCUUCAAGCCUUACUAGUUUUCCAAUAAGAAAUGGUAGAGACUUUCUAGAGCACAUGAUAACCUUGGUGCAAAAUCUGAAGAACAUGGAUAUUGAGUUCUUGAUAGGUCAAUUCAAACAAGUCCAGAUGGGCUUGGACAAUUUCUUUAAAAAUAUCAAACCUCUGCAUAGGGGGAGUUCUGAGUUAGAGAUGUUAAUAGACUGGUGGGAUGCAUUUGAGAACAGUUCAUGUAAUUGGAACCUGACUGGUUUAUGGCACAUCACGCAACUUUUUCAAGAGGAUCUCUCUGAUGUAGAAGAGAUGUUCCAUCUUCUCCUUGAUGUCAUCAGUGUUAUGGAAAGUCUAGCUCAUGGGAACAUAACAGAAGUACUAGCUGAUGUGUAUACUUUUGCACUGACUCAAGAAGCAAAAAUGUCAAUGUUUACAAAGGAAGAAAUCUCUAAUCAAGUAGAAAGUCUACUCACGUUAUUAGAGACACUGACAGAUGUGCCUGAUGAACCCGCAGAGGCCUCAAUUUGUUUUUCUGCAGAAUUCUGCUGGAUUCUCAGAAUGGUAACACCUCGGAGUGAUCCCACUUCCAAACUUUGUGACUUUAUGCAAAGUAAUUUUCCUCUGAAUCACAAUGCAGUCUUACACAAAGAAGUGAAACUUGUUUCUCUGAAUGACAGCUUCUUGUGCACUAUGGAAGAUUUUCAGACUGACAUUACUCAUAAUCUCACUUGCUUUAUUCAUCAGAUUAAAGAAUGGAACUCUAUUCUUUUGAAGUUUUCUGAGCUCCAUCAUAUAAACGGUUCACUUCUUAAAGAACUGCUAGCUUUUUGGAAUGAGCUAUACCGCUAUGCUGUGCCUCUGCAGGCAAAUAAUACAAACUCAACUGUCAACUGUUCCACCACGUCAAAGAGAAAAGUGGCUUUAGAAAUCAUAGAAACUCUGAGUAGUAUGCCGGCAGCAGAAAUAGAGAUGUCUGAAUAUGUUCUUGAACAGCUGAAUGAUGUUUAUGGUGGCUUAAGCUGGAGCAGGCACUCAAGCAUAUCACUUAUAGAGACUGUUUUACCUUAUGUCAAGAACGUGACAACUGAAGUUUCUGGACUUUUGGAUACAGAAGCUGUCCAUUCUUUUCUUUCUGUAGUUCAGCCUUUCAUGACUUUGUCAUCUGUUGAAAACCAGGCUUACUCGAUACUCAUGGUAUUAUCAUCUUUAAAUGGAAACAAUAUAUCUGAUAACAUCGAGAACAUCUGGUUUCCUGUAGUUAAAAGUAUAGAUUUGUUGUUGAAUUUCAGUGUGAGACAAUCGCUUGCAGUAAUAGACCAAGAGUUUCAGCUAUUAAGGUUAGCCACUGGACGGUCCUCUUCAGUGACUUUUGAUGUGUUAAUACAGCAGUUUAAUACAUCGUGUGUAGAGGCUGCGUUAAGAAAACUUGAAGACAUACAAGAGAUUAUGAACAGCUUUCUGUGUGAGUGUAAUAAUCAAAAUUAUUCUAAAGUGAUGCAACCUCUAGUCCUUCUUAUGGCUAAAGAAAAGUCGUCAGAUCUACUGCUGGUUGUUAAAGAUAUUAUUGACUUUCUGGAACUAUUCCAAAAUAAAUCUAAAGAAGAUUACACCGAUAUGUUGUUUAUUGAUGAUCACCUUAGCAGAGAGAUAUUGAAUACUUCUUACAUUGUUAAUUCAGUUUUUCGAAACUUUCUCUUUCAUAUGAUUGAUGACCUUGCUGUUACAAAAGAAGCUCUGCAUGCAAACAGUACUGAGCUUAAGAUAGUUGACUUCAUUGAUUCAUUUUUUGAUAAUGCGCAAUACGAAAAUGUUUCUACUCUGUCACAAAGCAGAACUCUGGAGAUCAUGCAAGAAGUGUUGCAAAUUACAUUUGCAUAUUUCACAGAACAUAACAGGAAUAACGUAGCUUUAGGAAAGUAUUUGAGAGCAUCUAAAAUAUGUGAAAUUCUUCAGAAACAUUUACAACCUGCUAGUGUUCUACUAUUGCAUAAGUUGCAGUUUGCCAUUUUGAAUAUUCUUAAAAUCUUCUCAGGUUGGUUACCAUGGUUGUGGCUGUUUGGAUCACUGUGUGCUCUAGUUGUAUUGUUAAGACUUUACUCUGAGAGAAUUUAUAAAAAUGAAUUAAUUUGGGCAAUGCAGAGCAGUGCAAGUAUACUAAUGCAGGGAAAUGAAACCAGCAAAGGCACAGGAAAACAGUUUGAUCUCAUAGAGAGAUGGUUUCUGGACUUUGGACUCUAUCUUACAGAAGAACCAGUUGUCACUGGCAACCUUUUCUGUGUUGUUAUGAAGUGUAAAGAUGGCAUGAUGCGUCACUUAAUAAUCUCUAUAAUUGAAGGAAUCACUCUGGUUCAAGACCAUUAUCAGAGUAUUGAAAGAAUGUGGAAGAUUUUCAACAAGGGAGACUGUGAGAGCAUGGCAUAUGUAAACCUAAAACUUUCUGAUAAUCUAGAGAGCUUCCUGAGAGCCUUACAGAAUACUACUGAUGGCAGCUGUGACUGUCAACUAAUGUUGGAGAACAUCCAGAGACGCUUGCAAAAGCUGAUUGAAAAUUGGGAGAUACAGUUGUCAGAAGAUCCUGUGGUAGCUUUUCUCAGCAAUUUUAAUCUUUUAAAUGAUAUGAAAGUCAAAGAUUAUGUGCAGAAUAUUACUGAAUUGAGGCUGGACAUUCUUUCUUCUGUCAACAUCUCUGAAGAAACUAUCAGUAGCAUUUUGGAAGCUAAUAUCUCUUUUUCAAAGGUUUUUUACAGUGCCUUUGUGAUAGCCUUCACUCAAAGAUGUGAUGAAGAAGUACUUAGCCUCCUGCUCAAGCUAUCUGAAAAGAGCAAAACCUCCCUGGCAGUGGAAGAAUUGUGUUCUUUACCAGCACUGGAUCUGUACACCACAUUUGUACUGAUUAUACAGAAUUUGAACUUACGCCAUAUAAUUUACACGAAUAAGAUACCUUCUGAGAUGAGCAAUGUACUAAGCACAUUACUGGAUGUGGUCUCUAGUCUCAGCUCUCUUCUUAAUAAAGUCCAGCAUGUAAUGGAAAACCUCCCAGUGUUCCUUCAAGCAAUUCAAAACAUUGGGAUGUUUGACAUCUCUGCGCUGCAACAGUUCUUGCAAGGUGGACAGUUCAGAAGUUCAGCUGUUGGAUCGCUGGAAUCAGUAAUCAAGGCAGUAUGUAAAGAAGAAUCUCCGUUUUUCAGCAAUGCAAACCUGUUUGUUGAUAUGCCCAGAAUCACGGGGCUCUUAGAGGACAAUAUGGGAAAAUAUGGGAUUCCUGAAGAUUCAACUCCUUUUUGUCUGAAGCUUUAUCAGGAGAUUUUACAGUCUUCAAAUGGGGCUUUGGUAUGGACUUUCCUGAAACCUUUAUUACAUGGGAAGAUAUUGUACAAUUCAAAUAUCAGCGUGAUUGACCUGGUUAUAGAGAAGGCUAAUUUCACUUUUGGUUUUGUGGAAAACUUGAAGACUUAUUCGCAAACAUGGCUAAGGAUGUCUGAAGUUUUUAAAAACCGUGGAAACGUCCUCAUGGUCUCACGGCUGCAGGAAACACUGCAAAACAAUUUUGUAAAGCACUUUGUGGAAAGUAACCUGGAUAUAGACCUGGAAAAACUCUUCAAAAAAAUGCAAGUUUAUGAAAUUAUGAUGGGCAAGACACUUAACAGCUCAGCAAGCAGACAAAUCGACCUGUUGUCACAACUCAUAGUAAAUAUCUCUUCUUGUGUAUUACUGGAUCGUUUCCAGUCUUUUGAAUCUGUUGAUAAGUUGGAGGAGAAAGCUCACGAACUCAUGCAGCACAAUAAUUUUUUGGCUAGUAUCAUCUUCAAUACAACCACAAACAAGACGCCAGAUUCCAGCGAUCUCCUUACACAGCACAUUUCAUAUACAAUUAGAACCAGCGUUCUCUACAGCAUGAGAACAGACUUGAUUAAAAACCCAGCAUGGAAAUCUCAUCCCCAGAAGCUGCCAUCCGAUGGGUUUAAAUACAAUCAUAUCUUUAUUCCUCUUCAAGACAUGAUUGAAAGGGCUAUAAUUUCAGCACAGACCGGGUUAGAUAUCUCAGGGCCAGCAAUUCAAGUGCAAGCCAUGCCUUAUCCUUGUCAUACCAGUGAUCUAUUUUUGAACAACAUAGGUUUUUUUUUCCCACUUAUGAUGAUGUUAACAUGGAUGGUUUCUGUUGCUAGUAUGGUUCGCAAGCAGGUUUAUGAAAGAGAAAUUCAUCUUGAAGAGUAUAUGAAGACAAUGGGAGUCCAUCCAGCCAUUCACUUCCUUGCUUGGUUUCUGGAGAACAUAAUUGUGCUAACAAUAAGCAGCUGUGCACUGGCCAUCAUUUUAAAAGCGAGUGGUAUCUUUGCUUAUAGCAAUGGUUUCCUCAUCUUCCUUUUUCUCCUGGAUUUUGGAGUGACAGUUAUUAUGUUAAGUUAUUUUCUGGGAGUUUUUUUUAGCAGUGCCAAUACCGCAGCUCUGAGUGCCAGCCUUGUGUAUAUGAUCAGUUUUUUACCCUACAUAGUUUUGUUGGUCUUGCAGAACCAGUUGAGUUUUACCAAGCAGAUUAUGAUGUGUCUUCUCUCUACAACGGCCUUUGGACAAGGAGUAUUUUUCAUUACAUUCUUUGAGGGCCAAGAAAUAGGAAUUCAGUGGAAUAACAUGUACCAGCCAAUGGUGAAAGGAGGAUACAUGACCUUUGGAUGUACCUGCUGGAUAAUGUUCUUCGACUCCAUUUUGUAUUCUGUAGGUGGCUGGUAUUUCAGCAAUAUUAUUGUAGGAAAAAAUGGACUAAGGAACUGUUGGUACUUUCCUUUUACUGUUUCCUAUUGGAAGAACCUAUGUGGUUUACAGAGGAUGAGAAAACAUUAUCUGAAUUCUAACAUGUUUUUCUUCAGUGAAAACUUCAAAGAGAAAGAUUUAGCCCCUCCAGGCUGGAAAGGCACUUGCACAGAAGGAGCCACGAUUGGUGUUGUGUUACUGUCUCUCACCAAAGAACACAUGCAUAGCCAUAAGGCUGCCGUUAAAGACCUCAGCCUCACCUUCCAUAAAGGCCAAAUAACAGCACUUUUGGGACCUAAUGGAGCUGGCAAAACAACAGUUAUAUCAUUGUUGACUGGUCUGUACCCACCCAGCUCUGGUACCAUUCUUAUCAAUGGAAAGGACAUACGUACUGACCUGGCUGCCAUCAGGACAGAGCUGGGUGUUUGCCCACAGUAUGAUAUUCUGUUCAACAUGCUAACAGUACGAGAGCAUCUGCUCCUUUAUGGAUCAGUGAAGGCACCUGGCUGGACAAAUGAACAGUUGAAUCAGCAAGUCAGUGGAGCUCUGGAAGAUGUGGAUUUAUCCCAACACCAGUACAAACCUGUUGGAGCCCUUUCUGGGGGAAUGAAAAGGAGGCUGUCGAUUGCCAUUGCCUUUAUUGGAAACUCAAAGACUGUUGUUUUAGAUGAGCCCACCAGUGGAGUAGAUCCAUGUUCCCGCCAUAGCAUUUGGGAUGUUAUACUGAAGUACAAAGCUGGUUGCACACUGAUCUUUACUACUCACCAUCUUGAUGAGGCAGAGGUGCUCAGUGAUCGCGUUGCCAUUCUGCAACAGGGACGACUGAGGUGCUACGGUUCUCCUUCUUAUCUGAGAGAAACAUAUGGCCAGGGACACAGUCUAACGCUCAUAAAAAAGCCCUCUGUGUUUGAAAUCCAGGAUCCUAAGCAUGUUGUCCGGGUCACGUCAUUUGUACAGACUCACAUUCCAGAAGCUUUCUUGAAAGAGAACAGUGGGACUGAACUAACCUAUGUGAUUCCGGAAAGGGCAGAUAAGACCUCUUUUAACAGUCUUUUCCAGGCUUUAGAUCAAAACCUUCACCAUUUACAUGUGACUGGCUAUGGCAUUUCUGACACCACCUUGGAAGAGGUAUUUUUGAAGCUACUGCAAGACUCGGAGAAGAUGCCAUUUGUUCCACAAGGAGCAUAUCCGAACAAUGCAAAAGAUGCUGAAUCAGCCUAUAUCUCACUUAUGGAGGCCUCACGUGUGUGUGGAACUAAUCUCAUUCUUGCACAGAUUGUUGCCCUUCUGCUGAAGAGGUUUCACCACAUUAGGCGAGACUGGAGAGGAACUCUAUCAAAUGUGCUUCUUCCAGUCCUCUUUGUUGCACUGGCAAUGGCCUUGUUUAGUGUGAAGCCUCUGGCUGUUGAUUAUCCUUCUCUCAAGCUGACACCAAGACUUUACAAGAAUGCAGAAUCCUUCUUUAGCUCUGGAGAUGAUAAUCUAGGAAACCUUUCUGAGAUUCUACUGAGAUAUUUCUUUGACUGGGACUUCACAUGCAUGCAUUCAAAACAAGGAAAAAAUAAUUCAUGCUGGCAGGUGGAAUCAGAUUCACUCCUGAAUUCAUGUGGAUGCAUGUCUGAAAAGGAGAUGUGUCCAAGUUUCAAUACCUCUGUUCCCUAUGUGAAAAAUAAGAGAGGACAUAUUUUAUACAAUCUCUCAGGGUUGAUUGUGGAAGAAUAUUUAGUGAGGCCUUCCAACAAAGAAAGAUAUGGUGGUUGGUCUUUUGGUGGGAAGAAAGCUUCUGAAUAUCAAGAACAAAAAUGGAGUAAUAUGAAAUAUAAGCCUCUGGUUAAGUUCUGCAGAGAGCUACCCUUGAGAGCCCGGAACAGAAAGAUCUUUCUAAACGCAGUUGAAGUCAGGAGCUUUUUCUGGAGGACUUCUUGUAUACACUGGAAAGAUGUAACUUGGAUUGGGAUCCAGAGGCCAAUGGGGAAUUUUCAGAACAAAAUAUUUUUUUUCCUCUUGGGAAUGUUUUGCGACGUUCUUUUGAGGACCACUCUAAUGCUUGUUCAUGAGACAGUGAAUGUGUGGUAUAACCAAAAAGGUUUCCAUUCACUGCCAUCCUACCUAAAUGAACUCAAUAACUUCAUUCUGUGGCUGAAUUUGCCCCCAGCUGUGGAUUGGAGACAGUAUGGGAUCACACUCUACAGUCAACCAUACGGAGGAGCCUUGCUGGAUGAGGACAAAAUAAUGGAAAAUAUUCGUCAGUGUGGGGUAGCACUCUGUAUCAUGCUGGGUUUCUCCAUCCUCACCGCAUCUAUUGGCAGUGCCAUAGUGAAAGACAGAGUAUCUGGUACAAAACGCUUGCAACAUAUCACCGGCCUGGGUUACAAAACAUACUGGCUUGCUAAUUUCUGCUGUGAUAUGGUUGGCAUUACUUUUGGAGAAGCCGUCAUAUAUGGAUAUAGUUUUCAGAACAUCUACAAGAUCCUCAGAUGGGCAUUUAUUGUAUUUCCACAAUUCUGCUUAGGCCAAGGUUUAAUAGAGCUUUCAUACAACCAGAUCAAAUUUGACCUAACCAGCAACUUUGGAAUAGAUUCGUAUGUAAGCCCUUUUGAAAUGAAUUUUCUGGGCUGGAUUUUUGUGGAAAUGGCCCUACAGGGAACAGUUCUUCUUCUUUUACGGCUGUUUUUCCAUUGGGAUCUCCUCCAGAAACCAAGGGGUCAGCAUUUAGUUAACAGUGUGGUCAAUCCAUCAGAAGACAUUGAUGUAGAAAUGGAGCGACAGCGACUUUCUAGGGGAAGAACUGGUAAUGAUGUUCUUCUUCUGUACAAUCUCAGGAAGUGUUAUGGAGGUUUCAAUAAGAAGAACACAGCUGUGGAAAACAUAAGCUUGGGAAUAACAAAGGGAGAGUGCUUUGGACUCCUGGGAACAAAUGGAGCUGGGAAAAGCACAACGUUUAAGAUGAUGACUGGAGAUAUUGUUCCAUCUGCUGGGCGUGCUGUUAUCCGAACUCCUACAGGCUCUGAAAUGGAUAUACUGUCUGCUAGUUCUGAAGGCAUUCUUAUUGGCUAUUGUCCACAGCAAGAUGCACUGGAUGAACUUUUAACGGGUUGGGAACACCUUUAUUAUUACUGCAUACUGCGUGGAAUUCCGAAACAACAUAUUUGUAAGGUAGCAGAGGACCUUGUUACCCGGUUGCAACUCAGUGCCCAUGCUGACAAACUGGUGAGAACAUACAGUGCCGGCACAAAAAGAAAACUCUCUGCUGCUCUGGCUCUAGUUGGUAAACCACAGAUACUUUUACUGGAUGAGCCAAGUUCUGGGAUGGAUCCUUGCUCUAAACGUUACUUGUGGAAAACCAUCUUGAAAGAAGUUCAGGAUGGCUGUGCAGCUGUGCUGACAUCCCACAGUAUGGAAGAAUGUGAAGCCCUCUGCACGCGACUUGCUAUUAUGGUGAACGGAAGCUUCAAGUGUCUUGGUUCUCCCCAGCACAUUAAAAACAGGUUUGGAGAUGGCUAUUCUGUCAAAGUUUGGCUUAGCAAAGAAAUAAGCUAUCGAAGAAUGAUUUUGGAUUGUCUAAAGCUGCAUUUUCCUGGAGCACAAUUUAAGGGGCAACAUCUUAACCUGCUUGAGUACCAUGUACCACGAAGUGAGGGAUGCCUAGCUGAGCUCUUCAGAGUCCUAGAGAACUACAAAGCUUUUCUCCAAAUCAAACACUAUUCCAUUAGCCAAACUACACUGGAGCAGAUAUUCGUUAAUUUUGCUACACAGCAGCAAGGAAUCUCAGAUUCUUCACAAGAAUCUCCCACUGUUCCUCAAGACCACCUGCCAGUUUAGGAUCAGAACAGGAUACAGUUUCAACAGCACGUGUGCAUAUAUGUGUUUGAACGUAUAUAAAUACACAUUUUAUAUGCAGUGAAAACUUUCAGCUGUUAACUGUUUGUGACUGAGUGAGAAGCAUGUAGUACGAGCAGAGGUGAGCUGGCAUUUGUAGGCCAAAAGGAAUGUUAUCAGUUCUCAGUAAUGCAAGAGAGUAGUGACCUGCCAACAAAAACUCUGCCAGAAAGUAAUGCUUUGAAACUAACUGCAAUUUUAUAAUAAAAAGGGCCAAAUUAAUGCAUCUUUGCAUAACGUAAAAAGACUGGUCUGAAAUGUCACUGUGUACAAGUGCAUUUUCUUUUGGUAGUAGAUCUAUAUUCAUUCAAAUGCUGUAAUUUUCUCUUGCAUGCGCACUUAGUUGCUAAUUUUUAUGUGACAAGUCAAGAAAAACUAAUCAAAUAGUAGAAAUUGCUAAGCUAUCACCUGACAUUUGUAUUUAAUAGGAAAAAUUGGGAGCCUUUUGACUUUUGCAUUAAUUCAGAUCUGUGUUGUGACAAGUUAAAUUAGCCUUUUUAUUGCAUAACGGAUGCACUGUAUUCCACGAGGAUUUAUGUUGAAUAGGGUAUUAGUGUACUAGUCUACCUCCUGGUUAUGUAAAGUAAAUUUAAUAAGCUUUCAUAAAUCAUACUUGACAAUGAGUUUUCCCUUAUGCCUACAGGUUGUUGCUGGAGAAUUCCUAAGCAUCUCUUUAAUAACCUAUUUCCUUUUUACCAACUUUUUCUUUUCUUCCCUUUC